AUGGCGGUUCCACCUCGGCCUAGCUGUGGUGGAGCCGCUCGUCCGCGACCACUUCCGGUUGGGGAAGGAAGUGAGGAGGGGCACAGCGGCCCCUAUGGGACCGGAGGCGCAAACGGCAAUAUUCUGCGAAACCUAGUGCGAAUCGCGGUCCCUCAACGGCUUUGCUGUGGUAGAGCCGCUGUCCUCGGCCACUUCCGGCGCGACCACUUCCGGUUGAGAAAGGAAGUGAGAAGCACAGCGGCCCCUAUGAGACCGGAGGAGCAAAUGUGGGGUUGGGCGAGCCAUUUGGAUCAGGCUAUGAACAAAGUGAACCAGCUCAAGAAUAUCAAAACACUCGGCCUGCAGGAAAAACCAAAAGGCAAAGCUGGGCUGAAUGGGUCCGAAGAUCAUACUGGAUCAGGUAAGACCCUGCUGGCUCAGACCCUCGCAAAAUGCCUCGACGUUCCAUUUGCAAUCUGUGACUGCACCACCUUGACUCAAGCGGGCUAUGUAGGCGAAGACAUUGAGUCUGUUGUCGCAAAACUCCUGCAGGAUGCAAACUACAAUGUAGAAAAAACUCAGCAAGGAAUUGUGUUCCUGGAUGAAGUGGACAAGAUUGGCAGCGUUCCCGGCAUUCACCAGUUACGGGAUGUGGGAGGAGAAGGCGUUCAGCAAGGCUUGUUAAAGUUACUGGAAGGUACAAGAGUGAGCUCUAGUGAAUUCCUCAAGUUACGUGGCGAGACCGUGCAAGUUGAUACCACCAACAUCCUCUUUGUAGCUUCUGGUGCUUUCAAUGGUCUGGAUAGAAUCAUCAGCAGAAGGAAAAAUGAAAAGUAUCUUGGCUUUGGAACCCCACUGAACCUUGGGAAAGGCAGACGAGCAGCUGCUGCCGCAGACCUGGCGAACUUGGGUGGCGAGUCCAGCACGCAGCAAGACAUGGAGGAGAAAGACCGCUUGCUGCGGCACGUGGAAGCCAGGGAUCUCAUUGAAUUCGGCAUGAUCCCCGAGUUCGUGGGGCGCCUGCCCGUCGUCGUUCCCCUGCACAGCCUCGAUGAGAAGACACUUGUGCGAAUUCUUACUGAGCCCCGGAAUGCCGUAAUUCCCCAAUACCAGGCGUUGUUCAGCAUGGACAAGUGCGAACUGAACGUUACCCAAGAUGCCCUGAAGGCUAUAGCCAGGUUGGCUCUGGACCGCAAGACAGGAGCGAGAGGCCUUCGAUCUAUAAUGGAAAAGCUGCUGCUUUCGAACCAAUGUUUGGCCUGCAGCAGAAGUCAGCUGCCUGGCCAGCCUUGCCAGGACCAGGGUCUGGUGGAGGCCGCUGCCAGGCGCCCUGCCCAGCCUCCACCAGCUAGGUCCCCAAGCAGUCUCGGCCCUGUGGAGGUGGUGCGGCGGUGUGGCAGUAGCGCCAUCUCCAGCCGCCAGAGCCCUCUGGAUUGGGCUAUAAGCAUUUCCGUCUACCUGUCCUGA